AAACACAUUUGUCUAGCCUUUCUUUUUUUUCUAAUGAAUAUUUUAAGACAGGGUUUCAUGUAGCCAAGUCUGACCUUGAACUCCUGAUCCUGUACCCACCCACUAAGUGCUGAAGUUAGCAUGUAACACCAUACACAGCUCCUGAAAAAUGUAUAGUUUCAUAUAUUAGGAGCUGAAAAGGAAAUAUUUACAUUAUUAGACCACUGUGAUUUCAGAUACUCUUUGACCGAGAAUGAUACUGUACUGAAUUGAACAAUAAGCUAGUGAAAUUUCUUUCAACAGAAUACAGAGAGAGAGAGAGAGAGAGAGAGAGAGAGAGAGAGAGAGAGAGAGAAUGAACAUCUAGAAUCUAAAAAGGACACAGAAGUCUGAAUCAUUUCAACCUGCCUUCAAAAAUCUUAUCAAUAGUUGUUAUUGCACCAAAAUAUGUUAUUAUUUUCCAAAAGCUAAUAUAGAAGAUUUAAAAAACAUAGAAUAUUACAGAAGAAACACAUAAGCUCACAUAUUCUGUCUGACAAAUUAGGGGUAAGAAGAAAACUAGUGCUUAAAAUACAUGCGUGAUAAAGAACAGAAAGGUGGGCACCUCAGGCAAUUUCUUCAAGAUGUCGGUAAAGUUCCCAAGAAAGUGGAUAAGUAGAUGCUUGAGGGAAGAGAAAACUUUUUAAUGUGUCGGUCCUUAAAAUAAUAAUAACAAUAUUAAAAUUUUAGGCCAUAGUAUUUUUUUUUUUACUGUUCCCUCCACCCGAAGGAAAUUAAUACAAAUAGAAUGCUUACUUUUAAAGUAAUGGAGUGUGUUCUGCCAGCUGUGUGGCAGCUUUGCCAAUAGCUUUUUAUUUAAUUUGUGAUUUUCUAUUUUAGAGAUGUACUGGACAGAGUUUGGAUUGAAAAGUAGCUGUUUCUUCUCGGGUGGGGGCCCUUGUGAAAAUGCCUCAUUUUGCUCUAAAAUAGGACACUACACAUCGAGAGAGUGAAUUAGUCUCUAGGACUCUGUUCCGUUCACUUCACUAGGGUCCCAUUUACACUUGACCUGGGGGGGGGGUCCCGGCAAAGCCAUGCAGACAACCUGGGCAGGGCCUCCUCAUUCUAAAGAGAAGACCCCAUCAUUAAAACCAUCUUCUUUGGACCGCGAAAACCACUUAGAUCAUUUUUUUAAGAAUUAAAUUCUCCACUGGAAAAUGUAAGCCAGAUUCUCGGGUUUCAAGUUGCACACCCUGGGUUACCUGCCUUCUGCUGUAUCCAAGGUUGCUUAAUGAACAGGGUUACUGGCAAAGAAGUUGAAGACUGUAAACCAAGGCAUUCCGCUGGCUUUCCCGUAACCCAGGGUGACUGAACUGGUGUGAAAUAAUAUAGACACUGCUCCUUUUGCCUUUCCCUUACAUCAUUUGAUAAUUAUGUGUGUGUGUAUGUGUGUAUGUAUGUGUAGCAUCUGUGUGUGAACUCUCAGAGGCCAGAGGACAUCCUAAUAUCCCGUCCUAUCACUCUCCACCUUAUUCCUUUCAGUCAGAGUUUCUCACUGAACUUGGAGCUAGGCUGGUGGCCAACAAGGCUGGAGGCUCCUCCUCUCUCUGCUCUACACGGCACUGAAGUUCCACACAAGCAUGUGACCAUACUCGGCUCUUUACAUGGGUGCUGAGAUAGGACCUCAUGUUCUCGUGUUCCUACAGCAAAUACUGUUGGACACUGAACCAUCUUUCCAGUCCCAUGAAUUUUACAGUAUCCUUUACUAGAUAAAUCCUUACACCUGCAGGCACAAUAAAUAGUCCACGGUUAAUUUAUAACCCUUUGCAAAGCCAAGUGUUGCCAGUGCAAGCAAGCUUUUGCUUCUAACUUUCUUCAAGUCCUUGGUAUUUUUUUCACUUUGUCCAAAAUUGAAAUGCACACUUACUUUUACCUGAUAUCUACGUAAUUUGGACAUUGGAAUUGGAAUUGGAAUUGACCUAGUGAACGAGAAGAAAGUAAAAUUCCAACUGUAUCAAAAUGAAAUGGCCUGAGUCUCCUGAAGUGUGUUCUCUUAUUUUAUAGACAGAAGAAAAAAGCAGGGAGUCUGUGGUGGAAAGAGAAGAAGCUGGAAUAAAAGCAAAUGCUAUGAUGAUACACUGGCCUGUGGUUACUGCAUAUGGUUUUCAUUUCCUUCAUAAUAUACUCUCCCUCAACCAUCUCUAGCUUUCUGUCCUCACAGCUCCCUUCAUCCUCCAUGUGUGACAGAGGAGGAAAGGUAUUACAGUCUUCAAGAUCGACUAUAAUUCAGGAUGGACAAAAGGACAGUCUUCAAGAUCAACUAUAACUCAGGAUAGUCAAGAGGAGUCAGAGAUUCUUUUAAAAACCACACUAUUCCUUGCAUAGUCAUCUCAUUAUGUAUUAGAUGUUGCUGGGAUUUAUAAUAGUAUCUUAGUCAGCAGGAGCACCAGAGAAGCAAUAGAAUAAGAAGCAGCUUGCAAAAUAACCAAAUAAGCAGUUAUCACAUAUUGUUAUGAUAAGAGAAAAGGUUUGGUCAUCUUCCUAGGGAAAAAGUAUUAAUGAUUCAAGUGCUGAUGCAGCUAGCUGAGCUCUUGACCAGCAUUAAUCCAUUUGUUCCAACCUUGACCUAAUGUUCUAGAAGGUAGCAAUUGUGACUUCGGACAAAGGAACAAUGGGAUGCAUUCCAGCCAAUCAAAACCCAAAGUUCUCAUUCCUAAUGCAUGCUGCAAGAUUCUAAGUCAUUCAAGUGCCUGUUGGAGACAGGCAUCCUGGUGUUGAAAGUAUGGAGGGGUCUCCCACCUGCUUUGGUGCCUAACCAAGAGGUACUGUAGCAGUCUCCCCUUGACAGCACAAAGAGGUAUCUGUGUUCUCCAGUUCCCAGCUCAAAAAACUGAGAACACCUGAGAGAUGGAAAAAAGAGAGCUAAAGGCUUUUGUUCCAAAGUUUGACAAGAUUCCUUGGCUGAGUGAGGCCAGCCUGGUAAACAAACCAUUGAUCCUGAGCAUCCCCAGAAGGUACCACUCCUCCUUUGUUCUGACUUCGUACAAGAAGGAUAUGUAUUUGCCACACUUGCUUGAAAAUCCAGACUUCCUAUCAAAGGUACAGCCAAAAACUUUCAUAAUACCUGACCAUCAGAAACCACCCUCCCAGAAUUCUGUGAAUCACAGAGAGGUGAGCCUUCAUUCGCAAGUGCAGCAGUUAAACUCCUACAAUGAUAUUCCAACAGAGAGCAUUAGCUACAGACUGCCCAUCUUAGGUCCUAGGACUGCUGUCUUCCACAGGCUCCUGUCAAGUGCCUAUGAAAAUCCUCGGGAUACUCAACACCGUGCCUUUCCCAGAAAGAAAGGAAUGAGCAAGACAGUGAAGCAGUAAGUGAGUGGCCAGAGCUCAUUACCCCCCCCCCAAACACUCAGGGACAAGGCCACUUCUCCAAGACAGUUUCUGACACUGGUACCUUCCCCUAAUCAUGUAUCUCCCAAAAGAUGAGUAACUUUUUCCUUCCCAUGUGCUGCUCUUCUAGCUCUUACCACUUCCUCCUAAAGAUAACAUGAUUUACUUUACAUAACUAUAAAGACUUAUUGACUAACAAAGAACA